GCUAUAUAAGGCGGAACAAGGCAGGCGAGGGGGGCAGCGCAGCCGAGCGGAGCCCAGGAGAGGAGACAGAGAGAGAAAGAGCCUGAGCGAGAGACGGGGAAGCAAGGAGGAAGCCAUCGGUGCGUCGGGACAGGAUCGCAGGUGUUCGGAGCGCCCGAGCUGGAGCUCCGCAGCCGCUAGUCAUGUAUCGCUCCACCAAGGGCGCCUCCAAGGCGCGCCGCGACCAGAUCAACGCUGAGAUCCGGAACCUCAAGGAGCUGCUGCCGCUGGCCGAAGCGGACAAGGUCCGGCUGUCCUACCUGCACAUCAUGAGUCUUGCCUGCAUCUACACUCGCAAGGGCGUCUUCUUCGCUGGAGGCACUCCUCUGGCGGGCCCCACAGGGUUUCUCUCAGCUCAAGAGCUUGAAGACAUAGUGGCAGCACUACCUGGAUUCCUGCUUGUGUUCACGGCGGAGGGGAAGCUGCUAUAUCUCUCUGAGAGUGUGAGCGAGCAUCUGGGCCACUCCAUGGUGGACCUGGUUGCCCAGGGUGACAGUAUCUAUGACAUCAUUGACCCAGCUGACCACCUAACUGUGCGCCAGCAACUCACCCUGCCCUCUGCUCUGGAUAGUGAUCGCCUCUUCCGCUGUCGCUUCAACACCUCCAAGUCCCUCAGGCGCCAGAGUGCAGGCAACAAACUGGUGCUUAUUCGAGGCCGAUUCCACGCUCACCCACCUGGGGCCUACUGGGCAGGAAAUCCUGUGUUCACAGCUUUCUGUGCUCCACUGGAGACAAGACCCCGCCCUGGCCCUGGCCCUGGCCCUGGUCCUGGCCCUGCCUCACUUUUCUUGGCCAUGUUCCAGAGCCAUCACGCUAAGGACCUGGCCCUGCUGGACAUCUCAGAGAGUGUCCUAAUCUACCUGGGCUUUGAGCGCAGUGAACUGCUCUGUAAAUCAUGGUAUGGACUGCUGCACCCUGAGGACUUGGGCCACGCUUCUGCUCAACACUACCGCCUGUUGGCUGAGAGUGGAGAUAUUCAAGCAGAGAUGGUGGUGAGACUGCUGGCCAAGCCUGGAGGCUGGGUGUGGAUUUAUUGCCUUUUAUAUUCAGAAGGUCCGGAGGGUCCCAUUGCUGCCAAUAACUACCCAAUCAGUGACACGGAAGCCUGGAGCCUCCGCCAGCAGUUAAACUCUGAAGAAACCCAGGCAGCCUAUGUCCUGGGCACCCCGACCAUGCUGCCCUCAUUCCCGGAGAGCAUCCUCUCGCAGGAGCAAUGCUCUGGCCCUAAUCCACUCUUCACCAUGGGGCCUCCCCGAAGCACCAAUUUCCCCAGUGCUCCUGAGCUGGGUGCUGUCUCAACACCAGAAGAGCUUCCCCGACCCCCCAAAGAGCUUGGCUUCAGUUACUUGACAUUCCCAUCUGGCCCUGAGCCUUCUCUUCAAGCAGACCUGAGCAAGGAUCUUGUGUGCACCCCACCCUACACUCCCCACCAGCCGGGAGGCUGUGCCUUCCUCUUCAGCCUCCAUGAGCCCUUCCAGACCCACUUGCCCACUCCAUCCAGCUCUCUCCAAGAACAGCUGACUCCGAGCGCUGUGACCUUCUCUGAUCAAUUGACGCCCAGCAGUGCAACUUUCCCAGAUCCACUGACUAGCCCACUACAAGGCCAACUGACUGAAACCUCAGCCAGAAGCUACGAAGAUCCUUGCACCUCCACUUUCCCAGAUCAGCUGCUUCCCAGCACUGCCACCUUCCCAGAGCCUCUGAACAGCCCUGCCCAUGAGCAGGUGACUUCUCCAAGCACAGCAUUCCAAGCACACCUAAACAGCCCCAGCCAAACUUUCCCAGAGCAACUGAGCCCUAAUCCCACCAAGACUUACUUCGCCCAGGAGGGAUGCAGUUUUCUCUAUGAGAAGUUGCCCCCAAGUCCUAGCAGCCCUGGUAAUGGGGACUGCACACUCCUGGCCCUAGCCCAGCUCCGGGGCCCCCUCUCUGUGGAUGUGCCCCUGGUGCCCGAAGGCCUGCUUACACCUGAGGCCUCUCCAGUCAAGCAGAGCUUCUUCCACUAUUCUGAGAAGGAGCAGAAUGAGAUAGACCGUCUCAUCCAGCAGAUCAGCCAGUUGGCUCAGGGCAUGGACAGGCCCUUCUCAGCAGAGGCUGGCACAGCUGGGCUAGAGCCACUUGGAGGGCUGGAGCCCCUGGACCCUAACCUUCCCCUGGCAGGAGCUGGCCCCCCUGUGCUCAGCCUGGACCUGAAACCCUGGAAAUGCCAGGAUCUGGAUUUCCUGGCUGACCCUGAUAUAUUCCUGGAAGAGACGCCCGUGGAAGACAUCUUCAUGGAUCUCUCUACCCCAGACCCCAAUGGGGAAUGGAGUUCAGAGGAUCCUGAGGCAGCAGUCCCAGGAGGGGCCCCAUCACCUCACAACAACCUGUCCCCAGAAGAUAGCAGCUUCCUGGAGGACCUGGCCACAUACGAAACCGCCUUUGAGACAGGUGUCUCAGCAUUCCCCUAUGAUGGGUUUACUGAUGAGUUGCAUCAACUCCAGAGCCAAGUUCAAGACAGCUUCCAUGAAGAUGGAAGUGGAGGGGAACCAACGUUUUGAAUAAGUCUGUGACUUAACGUCGUCAAGUAUGGCAUAUUGUCAUCAAGACAUGGAGCCGCUCUCCACCCCCCCGGGAUUGUUGGGGGGAUUCUGGGGGCCAGAGGGGGAUAGAUCCAAUUCCCCAGGCCCUGCAGGAUUUGGGGGGGGGGAGGUGGGAGGGCAAGGGAGGGGAGCUUCUUUUUAAAAUUUAGAGACAUCAAGCAAUCCCAGUUUCCAUUUCAAUCUGUAUUCACUCGUAGUGAGUUUCCUUGAAUGGGAUUUCAAGCGGAGAAUGGGGGAGUCUCACUUCCCCCGCCCCGCGCUGCCCCAUGGGCCUGGGCCAGUUCUCCACUCCUGGGGGCCAAGCCACCCCUGGGCCUUGGUGGGGGAAAGGCAGUGCCCACCUGGGCCAGCCUGUGCCCUGAGGGGCUCUUGACACCCACGUAGAAUUCUCUACACACCAGUAACGGGAUUUCAAUUCCGAUGGACUCUGCCGCCCUGGCGGCCCUUCUUGUGACUUUUGCGCCCCGCGCCUGGGGUGGGGGGCGCGAAGAGACGCUACGUUCCUUUCCGAUGGAGGAAGGCAGACCUGCCGCCGUCACACGUGUGCUUGCACGAGUGCGUGUACCUGGUGCGGGACUCACCCGGCUGCCCAACUGCCUGGGACUACCCAGGUGGUCACCUCGUGGUGCUGCGGUGACUUUGUAGCCAACUUUAUAAUAAAGUCCAGUUUGCCUUUUUGGUA